UCCACCUGUCUUGGCCUCCCAAAGUGCUGGGAUUACAGGCGUGAACCACCACACCUGGCCAAUUAAUCAGUUCUUGCUGUUAAGGGCAAGUAGAAUGCAAAAGAGAGACACAAAUUCACAUGCACCUUCUGGAGGUGAAAUAAAGGACAAACGUCAACAAAACACGCAGAUUUAAUUGGUAAAAGAGCAGAUGAUGCUCUUGAUGGAUAUUUUACUUACUGCCCCUUACAUUUAUUUACUAAAGAAAAUGCCAGAUUUGUCCUCAAAGUUACUGACUCAGAAGUUUUGAAAGCUCUCUUCCAAUUCACACUUGAGAUUCCGUUCUUUCAUGAGGAACCAAAAAAAAAAAAAAAAAAAAAAAAAUCAAGUUUGCCUACACUUGUUCAUUAAAUGUGUGGACAUUUAAUUCAUAAAGAAGUCUUGUAAAUGUUUGCUUUUAACUUUCCCAUUACAAAGUAAGUGUUUUUUCCCCCUUUGAUAUCUUUCUAAAGUAGUUUAUUUUCCCUCUUAAUGAAGAUGUUCACCAAUUUCUUAUUCUGAGCCAACCAAACCAAAGUUGGCUAACUGAUUAUGAACAUUAACAUAAUUCUCACCUUUACGAAAUGCUUAGUAACACUCUAGUUUUCUCGUUUUUGUAGAACUGCUUGACAAAAGUGAGCCUACCUGGGAUGGGGAGGCCUUCUCUGAAACACUCUUGUCCUGCUUGUGUGAUGCUGGGGACAAAGCACUGUCCUUGAAGGCAGGAGCCAGGGUUCUACUUUCCAUUCUAAAGAUAAUUAGGUGGGAGACCUUAAGCAAGCCACCUAACCACUUGGGGUCUCAGAUCUUCUAGUGUUGGAAUGGACUUGCCUUUUCCUGGCUAAUUUUCCUAGAGAUUGAACUUGAUUGAGGUUCUUUUCCAGCUCUAAUUGCAGAGUUUUCCUGAGUGUUUAUAUAAAAAAUAAAUACACAUUUUAAAUCAGAAGUCCUUAAUUUGAUAGAUGGGAUUCUUAUGUCUGCUUAGGUAGCGUUUUUCCACCUUGGCCACACACUGGAAUUCUCUGAGGAGAUUUAAGAAACACAGAUGCCUGGAUCUCAACCUAGAGCUUCUGAUUAAAUUGCCCUGGGCAUCGGAGGGGAGCUGCAAAUGCCUCCCAGGGGGGAAGGCUGAGAACUGCUGACCUGGAGGUUGAAAUGCAUGGCUUCUAAUAAACCUUUGGGCAUUACUAAGAGCAGAAGAAUGCUCAAUACGUUUAUCAGUGAUAAACAUCUUUGGGGGAUGGAGAACUUAUUUGGUGCUAUGCAGUAUACAAAAUGUUCUGUUAGAUCAGUCUGGAUUACAUUUGAUUGCUGGUGAAGAGACCUGAAAUAACAUAGAUUUAAGUAAGACAGUGGUGUCCUUUCUCUCACAUAAAAGAAGUCCACAGUACGGUGUUCAGGAUCGUAUGGAGUCUCACGGUGCCAACAUCAUCCCACACUCCUGUCUUUCUAAUCUGCUGUCCCUGGCAUGUGGCUCUUGUCCUCAAGGUUUUUUUCACAGUUGCCAUUGUAACUCCAACCAUCACAUCGGUGAUCAUCACAUCUUUGGACAAGAAAGAAGAAGAAAAGGGAACAGCAAAAGAUCAUGCCUCCCAAUCGCUGCCCCUUCUCCCUGCCCAACACGCAACUUCUGCUGACAUCUGAUGCCAUUUCUGCCCACAAGGGAGAACAGCAUAAUUGUUUAACUGGGCACCUUGCCACCCUCCAUAAUGCAGGGGUUGUUAGAAAGGAAGGGAAGGCGGAUGUUGAGUGUAACAACUGCCAGUCUUCACUAUGCGUUGAGUGCAUUAUCUCAUUUAAUCCUCAUGAAAACUCCAUGAAGCAGAUUCUAUUGUAAGGUCCGUGUUAUAGAUGAGGAAACUGAAUCAUGAAGAUUAAGUUAGUAACUCUCCCACAAAGCAAAAUUCAUCUGAACAGACCUCAAGUGUUGGCCUGCUAAGCUGUCCUGUCUGCCUGCCACAGUGCCUGUCUCUCUCACAGUGCUUAGGAGGUACUCCUGGUAAAAGCACAGGCCUUCCAUGUCAGAUAAGGGACCAAUGGCAAAAUGAGGCCUGCAGACGGUAGUUCAUACCAUGAGAACUCAUUUUGAUUGUUUAACAUUUACUUCAGCUUACUUGUUGAAGAAAACAAGGCUCUGCUUGCUGCUGUGCCUCCUCUGGGGGACUCUUUGAAGACAUUUUAGCUACAUUAAAAGGUUCAGAGAAGGACCUAGAGUUUGCCCCCAAAUAACCCAGCCCUACUGUUUUCUGGGCAGUUUUAGUAGAGAGCCCGAUGUGGCAGGCAGCCUUUGCUGGGAGCCAAGGCUUCUGCCUCCUUGGCACUUCCUUCACUCUGAACUUUCUAGACUUUGGAAAACUCAGACUGCUCCUUCAUAUCUGCGUGUCUGUGUGUGUGUGUGUAUGUUUAGGUGGGGUAUGGAGAGUAAGGUGUCGAGAGUAGGGUUUAACUUUGAGUUAGAGAGUGACACUUCUGUUCUUUCUUUGCCUUUAGUAGUUACAGUUUAGCUUCUGGGGCAGGUGGAUCUGAGGUUGAGUCCUAGGUUUAUGCCUUUCUGGUUGUGUGACGCUUUCCUCCUUCUGCCACCAUUUCUUUAUAAGUAUGCACCAGGGGUGUGACUCUUACUUUACGGGAUUAUGGUAGGGGUUUUCUGCUGUGCUUGGCAUUAAGUAAACACUCAAUAAAUAUUAGUUGCUGUUAUUAUUUUCCCAUUCUGUCACAAUCUACCUCUGAAGACAAAGGUUAUGCCGGCUAAUUUUAGAUUACAAUUUGUAUGCCUUCUGAGUUCUGCAUUUCUUGUGAAAUGGCAGGCCACAUAUCUCCAGUCUUACAACUUGUAGUGGGUUAGUGAUCAGGGUUACUUCUGAUGAUUAAUCUGACCAUUCUGUGAUCAAACUUGGAACUCGGGUCACAAUUUUCCCACCGACCUUGUAAGGUAGGGUGGCGGCAAGGCUUGUACUGACUGGCAAACUUGUGUUUGUUUUUUUAAUUCACAAGAUUGGACUGAGUGUUUGUAAUCUAGUUGUGAGCAGAAUGACACUUGAAAUAUGCAAGAAAUAGAUACCGAAAACUGAAACAACAAUGUGUGGCCUCCUUUUCUUAGUAACAGUUUCAUUAGUACCACUUUCUGGGAAGAGCUGGUCACCAAAAAAUUAUAAACCAGAAUCAUUCUCAGACCAGGUGCUGGGACAAAAAAGGAUUUGACCAGUCUUAAAUUGAAUUACUUUUUAAUCCACUAAAAAGAGCCAUACGUUUCACUGGAAGAGAGCAAGCAUACAGGACAUUAUUAAAACUUUCCAGGACUAGGAAAUGCUGAGGUGACAGAAAGGAAAGGAAAGAAGAGAGGCAAGAAAUUUGACAAUAGGAGCAAGUCUUAAUGUUAGACGAAAGGCACACCAAUUCAGGAAGGAAAGGAACAGAAGGAAAAUCAACCAUCUCUUCAUCAUCCCAUGCAGGUAUGCAUCCCUCUAGGCAUCCAUCCAAUAAUGGAAUUAUUUCCAGCUAGAGAAACCAACCAAUGAAAUAAAUGAUCUUCAGCAGAAUGUGGGGACGAUGGAAUCAGGGAAGAUGUCAUGGAACAUAUAGAAUGGGUUUGGAUCCUGAAGAAUAGAAUCAGACUUCUGGCGUAGAUCCUGGGGUGUGCAGAUGUAUCUUAGGACAUAAAAUAUUAGCACUGGGAAGAAAAUCCAAAGAUAUCUAGGCUGAUAUCUGUAACAUUUUUGUUACAAACUCCCUUAUUCAAAUCUAGUGUAGAACUUCAGUAUAAGAAUAAAAAUGGUGCAGUUUUGGGGGAAUAUCUGGAGCUCCGAUUGCUCAUGUUCCCUCACAUUUCCCUGCCAUUCUCACUCUGUUGGUAUCUGCACGCACCACAACUAUAUUCCAGGGUUCUUCAGAUCACAGCUGGAUCCCCCUGACCUGGCCAAUCUACCCCUCUUUUUAGCAAGAUCCCUGCUAGCUGGUUACAGAGAGUGGCAGUGAGUGGCUGUGAAACAUGUUGCAUUGGUCUUCAUCAAACUUUGAAGCUGUGAAAACUAUGUGUUCAGUCUUUGUGGGUCUCUUGUGAAUAAGGAGGGGGUAAAUUCCUAAAAAACUGACCAAAUGACUUCUUUCUCAGGCUUGAUACUAACAACCACUCCCCUUCUCCUAUGUCCAUCCUAAAGGAAUCCCUUGCAUCAUGAGAGCCGUUGGCUGGUAAAGCUGAACAUUAUCCAGAAAGCUCCUCUUGACUGGCCGUGUUGUCUCUCAUGAAUCCAUUGUUAGGGCUACUCUCACUCACAUAGGCUGCACCCCAAGCCACCAUGAGCCUUGGAGCUUGGGCAGUUGGGUCUGACUCCAAAUACAAAACUAAUGCUGGGGUCUGAAGAGUCCAUCCUCCAAGGAAGUGGUCCUUACGUGAUGGUCUCAGGAAAAGUUAAUUUUUUUCAAUAAAGCUCUCUUUGGUCUGGAAAAGCCAAAAUUAGAUAUUGUUUGAAUCAAGGAACAAAAAAUCGGAUAUCCAUCUGCCUCCUCCAGCUGCCUAACCACAGGUUAUUCCCAUCCUAGCUUGGAGGGCAAUUCUAGAUUCAAGCCUUGAUCUAAUAAGGAAAGAGCCAGCCCUUUCCUUUGCUCCAUCCCUCACUGGGGUGCUGCCUUGUUAUAGAGUUGGGGUGGCCACUGGGGUAGGUGGACUCUCCUCAUUCACCUUCUGAUCUGGGACGGUAGGUCUGGAGCUCUGUUUAGGCCCUUUCUCUCUCCUUCUGAUGCCCCACUCUCAGCAGAGCUGAGGCAAUGCCAAAUAUGUAAUCCAGGAAUCUGCUUUGCUCUACAAGGUGAUUAAACUCCCAUCUAUGGGCACUGAAGAGCCCUCCCUUGCCCGUUGCUGCAUUUCUAUUCCAUAUGCGACAUGUGCUCCUAGUUUUCUAGCCCCCUUGAAAGAGUAUCUACAACACAGCCUCAGCCAUGGCUGUGUCCCUGGCCUUUAGGCGAUACGUAUAGGUUCCUUAAAGGGCUGCAUCUGAGGUCAGGACAAGGGAAUGUCAUCAUAUUCUGUCUGCAGCCUACUCACUGCCAUUCACAAAUAUCCAAGGUUUUCAUUUCUAGUCAUCCUUUUAAAACUCAAAUCUGCAAACCUAAUCUUCUGGUGACUGCUGAAGAAAGAAGUCUUCUGCUCAGCUCAUGGUAUUUUUUAUAAAAGGCCAUUUCCAGGGUUUGGCAUCUCCUGUCUAGGAUUGCUGUAUGAAAGUGAGGUCUUUGACCAGCCCCUCUGCAGCAUCAUUGGCCUCCCUGUCUCCUAAGUGGGGGUAUCUUGCUGCCUGGGGAUUCCAGGUACCUGAGAGAUGAAUUCCAGGAGCAUAGUGAAGGCAGGUAGAGACACGCCUUGCAGGCAGCAGAAGGCCCUGGGUAUGCUGAAGACAGAGACAUUCAGUAUCAGGAUGUAGCUGAAUGGGGGCAAGUUAGGUCACUGUGCCAAGGCUACUUCUCCGAUGACAGAUGGGCCAUGGAUUGUUGGCUGAGAUCAAAGGAGAAAAGGCUGUUUGUUGGGAGCACAUUAUGCACUAGGUGUUUCAUUGUGUUAAUCUCCUACAGUUCUCGUGAUAACCCUUUGAGACGGAUAUUAUUACUUUCAUUUUGCAGAUGGGGAAACUGAGGCACAUACUGGUUAAGUGAUUUGCCAAGAGUCACACUGGUGAUAAACAACAUAGCAGACUUUCUAAACAAACUAUAGAAAUGAUCCCUGAAAGUAUAGUCUUCAUAGCAGACUCUCUAAACUAGGUCUAGUCCCAAACUAUACCACACUGCUUCUCAAUGACAAGGAUUUUAGUGUUGCACUGCGUCCUUCUUCUCCUCCUGGUUGAAGAGUGCCCUCAAUUAGAUGGAAGCAGGUUAUGACUUCAUCAAGGGUAGCUCUAGCCUGGCACAAAAAGCCUCUGCAAAGUUGAAUCUUAGCAAGUCACGCUCGAGACUCAGCAUGGAAGCUCUGAAACCUGCUGAUUUCCAUUUUAGAAUCUCAGUUCCCUGGACUCCUUUUCUCUUGGUGGGCCAAUCAGCCAAGAUAGGAUAGGACCAGCUAGUGACACACCCUUAGGAUUCGCUCAGGACCUGUCACUUAGAGUGUCUGGGACAAGGGUCUGCUCAUGGUGUGGCCUGAGCCUCUGGCCCCAGACCAGCCCCUCUGCACUGGAGACAGAACAGUCAUAUCUCUUGCACUCUCCUCUAUACAGUCUCUACAGACUUGGGGCCCCAAUUUGCUGCUUGUUCAAGCCUUACUAAACCAGGUGUAGGUGGAAACUAUCCAAACAAGACAGAACCACUUCAGUUCUGAGGCAGAUGCAACUCUGUCACAGUUUGUAAUUCUAAAUUUGUUUGUGCAAUUAUUUGAUUAAAGUCUGUGUACCCCACUAGGCUAGAUUGUAAGCUCCAAGAGGGCAAGAACCUCAUCUGUUCUGCUCAGCAAGUACUUGCUCAGUGAAUGCUCUGCCAGGGGUCUCUUGGUCUUGUCCCCUACCCUGGGACACAGUGUAUCUGCGAUGGGAACCCUUUCUGCUCUGGUGACCCCAGUUUCUGUAAAAGGCAGGCAGAUGCAGCUGCUUUCUCAGGUGGACCUGUCCGCUGUCAUUUCAGUCGAAAAAUACCAAAAAUAAAACCUUGCGGGGAAUUGUUUGGGUCUCUCAGUUCUCGUCACUCCUCAUGUGAGAAGGCUGCUGACAAGGUUCUCGUGGACUGAUCCUUCCUCUCUUGGCUGGGCAAUAGCAUUUCUUGGGGAAAUUGGCAAUUGAGGGAGACUGGAUUAGGGUAGUCCAAGUCCAGACUUUAACUGGAGCAAGGAGGGUUAGGACGGGGCCAGCAAUCAUUUGAUGAUUGACCUGCAGUGUCACUCAGAGAAAUAAACGGGACUUGCCCGGGCAGGGACGAGGCAGGCGGUGAGGCGGAAGUGGACUGCACUUGGAAUCACAGGUCCUGGGCUUGGUUGAGGACACUGUUAUUUAUAAGUGUAGUCCUCGGGCAAGUCACUGAACAUCUCUGAGCAUCUCUUUCCUUCUCGGUAAAGAAAGGGAGGGGAAGAGGAAUACGUUGUAGUGAGGCCCCAUCUGCAAUCAUUAGCAUCAAAAUCUCUAUGGAACAUCAUGCAAAUAGGAGUGUGGUGAUUUCAGAGUUCCGGAGAGUUAAGAAUGUGACCAGGAAACACAUGGACCUUUGCCACCCAUUCAUUCAACAGACCUGAGUCCCUGGGAACAGAGAAUGGGUACAAACAGCCUUUUGUGCUUGACCUGAUCUGCAGGAGGCUCAGAGGAAGGGAGAUGUGGUGUGGAAGGUAUGGAGAGUGCCGGGGAAAGGAUCCCUGGGAGUAGUGCCGGUGAGGGAAGGGUUAGAGGGCCGCUGCCACGUGGAAACCUCUUGCACUUGAGACCUUUGGCUGCCCCCACCUGCGGUUGUGGGGUGGGACACCCAGAAGUUUAAGGACAAUCCAGGUAAUCCUGAGGCCUCAGGGUGUAAAUGCUCAGGUCUGAGCUUGGUGGAGAUGGGUGGUCUUCUGUGGGUCAGUGGGCUCUUGACUUCAACCUAACACAACCUAGAGGGAUCUCUGUGUGAUUGCCCUGGGGGUCCAUUCCCUGCUGGCUAUGACGUCCGUUAAGUAGGAAUCACUCGGCCCCUAGACCACUUUGGUCUGGGGCUCUGCGACUCUAAGACUGAACAACCCUCUGCUGUCACCCCCAACAUACCUUAAGAGUGUCCCCUGGGUCCCAUUGUCAGGGCUGCUCUUUCUAGGUCCUGGUGGCUUGCCUAGGUCUGGGGAAAUUCUCAAUGACCGUGGCCCCUGGUUCAGCCUUUCCCAGGGGACCUUCCUAUGGUUAAUGAGUAAGCUCUUUGGGGCUGAUGGGAAGGGAUAGUCUUUUAGAAUGGGGGACUCAGGGAGGGCACAUGUCACCGUCUGUUCCUUUAUCUUCUCCACCCAUACCAGAGAAUGUGAGGUCAGCCACCAUCUUUGUGAUCUGAUAAAGGCAUUCCAGCCUACCAAGCAAGACAUUACAACUUAUUCCCCGGCUGUCCAGCAGCCUUGCAGGCAACAUCAAAUUGUACCUCAGUCGUGGUUCCCCUCUCUCUCAUGUCUUCCAGUCACCUUUAAAGCCACCAUUUCCCCCCUGCUGUCUUUUUCUCCUCUGUCCUGGGUAUCAUCCAGAUUGCAGGAUAUAUGAGUGACGUGUUUGUAUUUCCUGGCUGCAGGGUCCUCUCAGCUCAAAUGUUAGUGAAUGGAAAGCCUGCGUUUACAUGCAUAUGGGAUUUCUUUGUUGGCCUACAUUAAAAAACAACAACAACAAAAGAUCAGAUGGGCAGUUCCAGAUUCAAGCCUUGAUCUAAUAAGGAAAGAUACAUUCCUCUCCUCUGCUCCAUCCCUCACUGUGGUGCUGCCUUGCCGAUUCAAGUUUCAACCAGUCAGUUGUGAAUGGAGGGUACUCUCAGUAGCCACAGCUCCGGAGCAAGCCCCCGCCCCGGCCCGGCCAUACCAGGGCGUCCGCGUGAAGGAGCCAGUGAAGGAACUGCUGAGGAGGAAGCGAGGCCACGCCAGCAACGGGGCAGCGCCUGCACCCACGGCGGUGGUGCUGCCCCAUCAGCCCCUGGCGACCUACACCACAGUGGGUCCUUCCUGCCUGGACAUGGAAGGCUCUGUGUCUGCAGUGACGGAGGAGGGUGCUCUGUGUGCCGGCUGGCUCUCCCAGCCCACUCCGGCCACCCUCCAGCCCCUGGCCCCAUGGACACCUUACACCGAGUAUGUGCCCCAUGAAGCCGUCAGCUGUCCCUACUCAGCUGACAUGUAUGUGCAGCCCGUGUGCCCCAGCUACACGGUGGUGGGGCCCUCCUCAGUGUUGACCUAUGCCUCUCCGCCACUCAUCACCAAUGUCACGACAAGAAGCUCCGCCACGCCCGCAGUGGGGCCUCCGCUGGAGGGCCCAGAGCACCAGGCACCCCUCACCUAUUUCCCGUGGCCUCAGCCCCUUUCCACGCUACCCACCUCCACCCUGCAGUACCAGCCUCCGGCCCCAGCCCUACCUGGGCCCCAGUUUGUCCAGCUCCCCAUCUCUAUCCCAGAGCCAGUCCUUCAGGACAUGGAAGAUCCCAGGAGAGCCACCAGCUCACUGACCAUCGACAAGCUGCUUUUGGAGGAAGAGGAUAGCGACGCCUACGCGCUCAACCACACUCUCUCUGUGGAAGGCUUUUAGGGGUGGCUCCCACCUGAGUCCUGUUCCCUGAAACUGGGAUUUGAAAAUGAGCCUGGAAUUGAGCCCCGAAUUCAAGCUUGUUUGGCGUAGUUAUUUGAUAACUACACUUUCUACACACAGCUAGAAUUGUAGACUUGUAAACCUUCCUUCCCUUCUUCCUUCCCCUCCCUCCCUCCCUCACUUCCUCCCUCUCUCCUUCCCUUCAUCCU